GAUAUUGUUGGAGAGCGGAUUUUGAACGAGGGUUUCGCUUAGAUCCUCAUCCACACUGCUCUUUAUAGAUCCCGGAUACACAACGUACCUCCAGGCUAGACUCAAAUUAACCAAAUACUGAAAACUGCAUCUUUAAUAUGUUUAGACUGUUUCCGCUUCAAGUCAAACAUUUAAUCAUUUGGUAGAUUGUUCUGGAACACACGGUAACCUCAAAAUGGACUUCCUCACUUGUACUUCAUGCAUGAGAAAUGGAAUAUGUUUACCUGUUACAAUUGUCAAAUGUAUGGUGGGAAACGAGUUAAUUUUUUGUCAAAAUAAAGAGUGCAUACACUAUUUCCUACCAUUGAAUUUUAUAUCUUCUAAACAUGAAUCAACUGUAUCUCUUCAUACUGACCACCACGAAGUUAAAGAGGAGUUGGAAUGGACAACUGAAGUGUUUCAUGCUCCAUUGAGAUCGGACACCUUGUCCAGUACCAAGUCAAGUGGAGAAGUUACAAUCACGACAGAUACUGUUUUCAACUUGCACCCCUUCGAAAAUAUGACUCCCGAAACUAAAAAUAUGACUUCCAAAUUUUCUAAUACUAUUGUGACAAAUGGAACUUGCUCUUUAUCUACAUCACAUCCUGGUUUUCGAACCACUUAUAGUCAUUACAAGCGAUCCAUUUUACGACAAGUAAGACGUCAAGCAGAUAACCUUCGAUUAAAGCUUGUUAAAGAACGUCGUACAAUAAAAAGUCACGAACGAUUUGCUGGUCCACUCCUGUCCACAAGACAACUCUUUGUGUAGCUUAAAUGUACAUGCUCUACUGAUCGUAUUAAUUUUGCUAAUAAUAAUCUAAGAAAGUCAUCUUCGUCCAAAGUACGGGCGCGCUGUUUCUCGAAACCUGAAUCUCGAAGUAUAUUUGUUAUUUUCUCCUCCAUUGCUGAAACACCAGUAGACUCACAGGCAAUAACCUCUGGAGUUGGUGACAAUCCUUUUGUGCAACAAGUCUCCAUGUAAAUCUUACGUAAAUGUGCAGCUAUUGACUUGCCGCUAAAGUUAGCUCCGAUCGUUUUGUUUUUGCGAGCAAACACAAGACGCAGUAAUCCAUCCCAUUCUGAAUGCAUCACAGGUGGUAAUGGAUGCCUGGGCUCAAUCCGAACAACAGCUGAAUCAACACGCGGUGGGGGACGAAAACUGUUUCUAUUGAUCUAAUAUUUAAAAUAAAUUGUAAGGUUUAUUUAGCG